CUCCCGUCCGUAUGUCCCUCGCAUCCUCUUCGACCGCCGGUUAUCCACAACCACCAUGUCGGUACAGAAUAAACACUUCCUGAACACGGCGCCCACCCUUGUCCUGGACUCCCUCGAGGGUCUCGCGAGGCUGAAUCCUGCCUUGGCCUUGGAUCCUACGGAGAAAGUUGUCUAUGUACAGUCUCCGGACCGAUCAAAGGUCGCCCUGAUCUGUGGAGGGGGCUCCGGCCACGAGCCCGCCCAUGCAGGCUUCGUAGGUGAUGGAAUACUCACUGCCGCUGUAUGUGGAAGCGUCUUUGCGUCCCCGAAUGCCGUCCAGGUCCGACGUGCCAUAGAUCUCGUAGACAAUGACAAGGGGACUCUGAUCAUCGUAAAGAACUACACGGGUGACGUAUUAAACUUCGGUCUCGCGAAAGAGCAAUACGCCGCUCUCCACGCCGACAAGGCCGAUAAAGUCAAAUUCCUCAUCGUCGGCGAUGACGUCGCGGUAGGUAGAAAUCAAGGCAAGAUUGUGGGUAGAAGAGGUCUGGCGGGUACCGUGCUCGUCUACAAAAUCGCGGGCGCCCUGGCGCGUAGGGGAUCGGGCCUCGAUGAAGUCUACAACAUCGCCGAAUGGGUGUCCUCCAGAGUGGGCACAAUCGGCGUUGGCUUAGAGCACACACAGGUCCCUGGCAACGCACCCGCGAAAUCACAUCUCGGCGCGGACGAAAUCGAGAUCGGCAUGGGCAUUCACAACGAGCCGGGCCACCGCCGCAUUUCUCCCGUCCCGCCACUGAAGGAGCUCAUCCCGCAGCUCCUCGAAUUCAUCACCUCCACGAGCGAUCCUGAUCGCUCGUUCCUCCCCUUCCGCAACGACGGCUCAGACGAGGUCGUCCUGAUGGUGAACAACCUCGGCGGAGUCAGCGAGCUCGAGCUUGUAGCCGUUGUUGGAGAGGCGGUCAAAGCACUGCAAGGUACCGGCGUCACUGUCCACCGGGUUCUUUCCGGCAGCUUCAUGUCGAGUUUGAAUAUGCCCGGUUUCUCGCUCACCUUGCUCCUCCUCCCGCAGAAGGACGAGUCCUCCGCACCUUCAACCUCGCUCAUCCUCUCCCUCCUCGACGAGAAAGCCGAGACCCCAGGCUGGCGCUGGACCUCUGGCUCCGUGCCUCCCUCCAGCAUCCCUCAGCCGAGCGGCAGCGGCUCCUCCGCCUCCGUCCUGGGAGCGGGCGCACACAGACUCUCCGCGCCCGACCCCGCCGCCUUCGUCGCCGCCGUCGAGCGCGCGUGCAAGCGCGUCAUCGAGGAGGAGCCCGAGAUCACGCGCAUGGACACCAUUGCGGGCGACGGGGACUGCGGGCUCACGCUCAAGGCCGGCGCGGAGGCGGUCCUCCAGCAGAUACAGAAGGGCGCGAUCAAGGGCGACGACGUGCUCGGCGCGGUCAUCCAGGUCUCCCAGGUGGCCGAGAAGGAGAUGGGCGGCACCAGCGGUGCCCUGUAUUCUAUCUUCUUCUCUGCCUUGGCGCAGGGUCUCCAGUCAUCUGCCGGAUCCCAGUCGACAACUUCGGACGACAUCUGGAAAGGCGCCAUCUCGUCCGCCCUGGCCAAGCUGUACACAUACACCCGAGCUCGACCUCCAUCCCGUACGCUAAUCGACCCUCUGGCCGCCUUCGUGCAGAGUUUCCCGAACGGCUUCCCUGCAGCCGUGAAAGCCGCUGCAGGCGCUGCCGACGCCACCAAGGACGUUGAGGCCAAGGCCGGGCGAAGUGCCUACGUCGAGGGAGACAGGCUGAAGAAGGAGAAAGUGCCUGAUCCAGGUGCCUGGGGUGUCAAGGCAAUCCUGGAGGGUUUGCUUGGGUAAAUCUGGGUAACUCUGAAUCAGCAGUCCUCCUGUAUGUAGUGUAAUACGUUACCCUUGACCAGAAGAACCACGUAUGGAAGUCGGAAAUGAUGUACACCAUACAUAGCUUAUUGAUAAUUUCUAUGCUAUUGCAGUCGUUACAUUUUGUGAUGCGAAAAGAUCAUGAGUGAGAGCAAGAACAAAACUACAGUAGGAUGCGAAUAGACAUGGUAUGCUACAGAUCGUCCUCAAGGGAUUUCGGCGCGAGAACACGGAUCUUCCGCGUAGAGUGUGAACUACUGAUGUCCGGAGGUUCGAAGUCGUCAUCAAUCUGGUCGUUCACUGGAUCAGCAUCCGAAGCUGAAACGUCAGGGGAUAUGUCGGAUGGUGUGUAGUCACUGCCUGGGAGGGGCGAUUGUGCUUCGUCGGCCUUGUAAUUCACAUCCCAGAUUUUGCUGUCUGGUACCAUGCUCUGUGAGCUAGGAAACGGGUCGAUCCAGGGAUCCAUACGUUCGUCCUCAUCCACCUCGACGUCGUUGGAGGAAGAGGGAGAUGGAUGGCUGGAGGGGUUAGGGAAGUCGUAUGCUCUGUUGACGAAGACAAGAGGGUCUACGCUGGUCUGCACAAUGUCAUCAAAUUGGGCGUCGUCAAACGAGGGGGGUUCGACGUCGUCAAGUGGGGGCGGGGAAGAAGCAGAGGAGGAAAGGGCUGGGCUAGGCAGUCCUCGGAAUGGCAAAUCGGAGAACAACAACUCCUUUGUCAUGCCCGAGACAGGUGCUACUUCAUCGGGCGGAGUAGGUAAUUGGACAUCGUCGGCAACGUCAGCCUGGCUGGCAUUCGGAGAAGUAUGGGGUUUUGAACGCGCCUCCUCAAUCUUGGCAUGGGUUUUCCCGCCAAGAGGUCUAUUCGUACGUCGCUUGUAGAACAAGAGAUAUGCAUUUUGAUUCACAGCGUCAGUAGGUCGCGCAGGAGUCACAUAUGAAUCGUCGAAAUGAUACCACUUGUUCGUGACGUGAUUAUACGCGUAGGCACGAUAGUGUCCUCCUCCUAAGCCACCGAGGUGCUCGUCUACAGCGUACAGAUCAUAGACGAGGGGUUCGUCGAGGUCGCCAAAUUCAGAGACGUCAAGGCCUUGGGCUUGCAAGCUCUUCGCUACUUGGCGCUCGCCCGCCAGGUCGGUAAGAUCAAGGCCUUCUACGGGGAAAUCCACGAAGGCGUCGAUCUUGUCUCGGAGCAUCCGACUGUUACUGAACCGCUUUAGGUGAACGACAAGGACAUCGGGGAUGCUCCACAGAUCGAAUUUCUUGGUCGCUUGUUGAUGCUUCUUACAGCGAGGACAAUACCAGAGGUCGUCUUCUCCGAGCUGUUCUUCCCGCGUGAACUCGGCCAGGCAGUCUUGAAUGGAAAUCCCUCGCGUUUUCUUCUCCGAGGCAUUCUUCCUAGCUUCCUCGUACUCUGGGUGAACGAAAUCUUCCCAGCGCAUCCAAAGCGCGUGCUCCCAGUUCACGGCUUGGUCUCCAAAGAAGAAUGCCUUCAUGUUCUCGUCAAACUCACAGAAAAACGCAUCUCCUUCCUGGAGAAGAACCGGGUUUGGGUCUUCUGGGGUCGCUUGUCGGGCUGCUUCCUCUCGCUUCUCCCAAGAGACGUAAUGCUGACUCCCGUAACUACCAUAACCUGUUCCGAGCUCGUUGUGCCCGACCUGGAGUCUGAAAUUGAACACGUCUUUCUUGGGUCCCGUGAUCUUGGGGACCCCAGCAGGGACGCCGUUCUUAGGGAUAUCGUCGUCGACCACAGCGGACUUCUCGUCGACAAUAUCGCCCUCCUCCGGCAUCUCCUCUUCCACUGUAACAAUGUCGCCAUUCACCUUCACCUCUGCGACAGGAUUCACCGGGGGAAAACCAGUGAGUGUGAUUGGCACUUCUUCCAUCUCGUCCGCAGGGCCCUCCUCCCAAGUGUAGAGAUGUCUCGCAUUGGCCGUCCACCGAGACAGUCGUUCAACGACCGCAGCAUAGAUAGAGUCCAGGUCUCGUGCUUGUUCCUCAGUGAUGACAGCGACGAAUGGAUAGCCAAAGAGACUGGCAUUAGCUGUCCGCCCAUAUGAUUGCCUUGAUGGGGUGAUGUCACAAAGGAAAACGGGGAUGAUGAAAGGGUCUCCAGGCUUGCGUUUGUAUUUAGGGCUCUGUUGCGAAGGACAGGGCAGCUCGAAGCAAACGAUCGUGUCGCUAUCAGACACAUCCCCGCAGAGACAAUUGUCGUCCAGGCUCUUAUAGAAGCGAUGGCUGAAUAUCUCCAAUGUCAGCAGGUUUUCUGCUUUCGAACCCAUCCAUCGCGCAAGGAGUUGCCUGAGUUCUCUGAACGAGGAAUCACGGUUGAUCUCGACGGGUACCUUCACGUGCGGUUUGUUGAUAUCCCAUGGAACAUAAUAGAUCUCAUGUCUCCAUUUCUUCUUCACCGGUAAAGGCAAUGUGAGAUACAUGAACGGAUCAAAUGUGAUGGAGACUUUCUGGCACUCUGGGCACACCAGAGUACUCCUGUACUGCCCUUGGAAAAGGUCUACAAUUACACUGUCGUUCCUCAGGAGAUACCCCUCCCAAGACUUCUUCGCCAGCUCGACGAGCUCUUUAUCCCCUCCCCCCUCCCAGUCUGGCUUCUCGACAUAGGGCUUCUUCUUGAUUCGGUUCAAAUCCUCGUGCAGUCCAUCCAGCAGGAACGCGACUAGCUCCUGGGAGUCGUGCUGCUGGUACCCGCUGAACUGCGGUGCGAACCGCUGGAGUGCCUGUUUGAACUCCCUUGGAGAGUAAGACGUCGAGGUCGGGUUCAUGGCCCAGAUGCGCUGCAGGAGGGCGCCGAAGGCCUCCGCAAUGGCUCCGUGCAUACCCAGCGGGUUGUCGGGGUUAAGCUCGUCCUGGUAGACACCCGUCAGGAAAUAGUCCGUCAAUUCCUUCGUGUGUGCUAGGCACUGCAGUGCAGAGUUCAUGAAACAUGUGUUACCCAUGUUACCCAAACCUAGCGUGCCCGGUUCUUGUGAGGACUUGACGCGGCUGGUUGACGGCGUAGUGACGAGAGCCGAGGAUGGCUUUGUCAUUGUGAGGCUGGAAGUACCAGACGCAGUCCUGCCGAUGGAUGUGGUUGACUGCGUCUUGGGCGCCGACGCCGCCAGACGACCGAAGAAGUCACUUCCUUCACCGAAAAGCGGUUUGUCCUCGUCGGAGUUGGCUUCAGCAGUCACCUGCGUCGCUUCGGCCGAUGCUAGACUUCCGUCGCCCUGAAUUUCCACCGCGAACGUGUCGCCUGAGUUGAUUGUAGAAGCCUCGAUAGUUUCAUCACUUUCCGCAACCUUUUGUGCUUGGGCUGCGGUGAGUUGCGAUGGCGUACAGUAUCUCCCUUCCAAGUCGUCGCUUUCAAUCCGGUACACGGUAAAGUUCGCUGAUUCAUUAGGUGCUACAGCGUGACGGAAGCGUUGAAACAGUUCUUUAACAGUGAACUGCGAGCUGGCGGAGACAUAAAUGGGAGAGCCAGGAGAAUUCGAUGGAUCAGGUUCGGCAGUGAUGCGGAAAACUCUGAAUCUGGGGACAUGGAUUUCGAGGUAAGGCUGCCGCGAGUAGCCACGAAGUAUAACUGGUCUCGGGAGUGGAUGUUCGCUUUUGCCAUACCAGCUGGUGAACAUCUCCCAUACCGACUUAGGGACAAACUCGACGUCUAUACCCUCCACAACGGAUGUAAGCAAAUUGCCAUCCUUGUCGAUGAUGCCAGAGUUAUCCACGGGUCCAAUGUCUUUCUCUUCAACUGGACCAUCCUUAUCCACCUGGCCGGUGCACGCCUUUUCCCAUCGUCUGUACCAUGCUCUAGAGACAACGUACCACGUCUCUCCAGCAGACAUAGGUAG